AUGACCUCCUUUACGACACACGCCCGGGGCAAUACCAACUACACACCCUUCCGCUUCUUAGACCUUCCCGCCGAGCUGCGGCUCAACGUCUACUGUGAGCUCUUGCUGCGCGAUGAGCUCAACAGUCCUGAGCCACGUUACUCACAGAUCAUCGCCACUUCGAGAAUGAUCCAGAAUGAGGCAGAAAGUGUACUGUAUGUUGAGCACGUGCCGCGAAUCAAGGUGGUACAUGAUCUCAAUGCGCCAAAAAGUAAACGCGGCGCAUCGGUCGUUAUUGCACCCUUCAUAACGUUCAUCUCGCAUCGUAAUCGAGGACUCUGGCACGUUGAGCAACAGUGCAGUCGUCACUCGACUCUUGAGAAGUUCAAGCAAGUCGAAUUCCACAAGGACUUCUACCCAAUCCGCCGCAGGGCGAAGACGGAAUUUGCAUGGCGUGGAGAUCUCAACAUUCUAAAGCAUCAUCUGUACAACAUGGCUUGUCACCUUGGUGGUGGUCGGUGCGAAAAGCUGCGUAUCAAAAUCGAGGGUGACUUCACACUCAAUGAAGAGGCUGUCGGCUGCGGUGCAGCUUGGCCGCUUCGUAACUUUGGCAGCCACGUCGAGAUCUCGUCACCAGAGAUCACAGCAUCGAUCUGGAGGCAGCUCGUACAAACAGUACCUGAAGGGGACCACGCGCUGAAUCAGGACGUGGCAAGAUUAUGGUAUGAUCUGAAGCAGAGUGCACAACAGCUCAUCGCGGAUGUCAAGGGCUUGGGUUGGCAACGCACUGGUGUCAGCGUGCUUGAGACAAGUUUGGAGCCUGUCGAGCGACGAUUCGAUGAUGUACGUUUCAGUCAGUACUACGAGAAUGUCGCAGCGCAAAAGGUACAGAGCUUUCAGCGAUAUCUCGAAGGUUCUAGGAUGGAAGAGCUAAGGGGUCGAGUUGAAGGGGCGAUGCGUGACACGCAGCAGAGGGAGGCUGGGGAAGAGAGCACUGCACUGCCACGGCUUGCCAUUGAUGGAGGAUGA